UGCUGGUGAGUAUGCGUAGCUCAUAAAUGAUCACCACCCUCGCUUUGUUAUUAAAUCACCAAAUUCCAACCUCCAUAGCCACAUAUCACGAUUUUCUCUCUCUAGAUUUCGGAUUUUCCAGAGAGAAAUCCCUCUCUAGGUAUUGGGAGUUUUAGGGAGAGAGGCGAUGGAGGUAGAGAGUGUGAGCGUGUUCCGAGGACUGAGAUCCUUCUGGGCGAGAAAAGGAGGGUAUGUGCGCCUCAAUGGAUCGGGAAGGAGGAAGAACCGGGUCGAGCUUGCUCGGCUCGGUUCCAACCGUCGACGGCGGUUCUGGCGGAUCAAGCCUAAGCUCCGCUUCUUCAGAAUACCUUCUCCAAAGAAGUUCUUUAUAUGGCUGCGCGACGCGUACGUGAAGAUGAUGCUGGGGUUCGCCAAUUCGAGAGUUAUGAGCAGCGGCUACAGCGGCGUCUUGGGCGAUGGCAUUGGCGGCUUUGGGCAGCGACCGCCAAAGGAGUACGAUGAGAAGAUGAUCAUAGAAAUCUACAGGUCGUUGGUUAUGGCUCAGGGUCUGGCUCCGCGCGACGUCACCGCAAUCGGUUCGGUAGUCCAUUUCCGGUAAGUAUGCCAAAUUUACCGGAUCGUAGGGCGGGGUUUUACUUGGUAAUUGGAAUUUUUUUUUUUUAAUAAGUUGUAAAAAUAAUAUUACAACUCUAGCGUCGAAUCUCUCUUCUUGAAUCUCGCCUUGGGAAGAAAAAAAUUUAAAAAGAAAAAAAAAAAAAGUUCGAUUUUGAAUCUCAAA